AUGGCGGCGAAGCAACUUCCAGCGGUUCUUCGCAUUGCAUCGAGCGCUACGAAUCAAGAUGAAGUUUUUCUUCUUCACGUCGAAUCUGCUGGGUCACGACCUUUAGAUCUUAAGUUAGUUGGGACGGAUGGCGAACUCGUAUUUGUGGUCUCAGUAAAGCACAGCAAAUUAUCUUCACUCAAGUCAAAGAAUUCUCCAUGUAGCGACGAAGAAUGGAUUCUGAUUUUGUCAUCCAUUCUGCUUCAUGAGCCGCCGAAGAAAGGGAAUGAGAAUGUGACCAGAGGAGUUGAGAUUCAUGCUAAAGUGGAGAAGAAAGCCGUGACCCUCGUGAUCCAAAAAGUUAUUGAAGGGAUCAAACAACGUCUCGGCGCAAUCAAACUGGAUGAAACCGAAGAAGAAGAAAUUGGCCUUUUUGAAUGGAGCGCUCUAGCAACAAAAUCGGCGGAUUCGGCAAAUGAUGAGUUGGAAGCAUUACAUACUAAGUACAGGGAGCAGCAGAAAAUGUUGGAUGGACUCAAUGAAACUUUCAGGGAAGUAAACAAAACAAAAUCCGACUAUGAGGUUCAGCUGUUGGAGAAGUUUAGCCUCUUGCAGAAUGAGAAGAAGCUCAAAAUAAGGGACCAACAAACCUUAUUAGCAAGCGCCAAAGUUGAUCCAGAAAAAGUCGAUACAGUGCGAGCUACAAGAUCUGGGAAGCUCAGAACCGUCGGCGCAUCGAGAACUGGGAAGCGUAAAGCCGGGAAGGAAGCGCAGACUGAAAGCUCAGAUUCAGAUGAUGCUUUUGAAAAAAUGGAUAUUGACAAAAAGCAACAGGAGGAUGAUACCGCCGAUGAAUCCGACCAACAAGAAAUACAAACUCCCGAUCGCUCGGAUGAAGAGACUGAAGAUGAGGCAGACGCUCCACAGUCAAAAGCUCAGCGUCGCAAGGGAAAGAAUACCGUUCAAGAUGAUCCGGGUGAGGAAACGCAAAUAGCGCCUAAAUCAACAGAGGCAACAAAAAUCGCCGAGCUACCAGCUAAAAGGGAACUACCAUUUGCCAAAAAGCCAGUUCCGGUACCUGCAGAUGAUGGAUCUGAGACCGAAUCGGGCUCGGACGAUGAACUAUAA